AUGUCGAAAAGUCAUCAGUCGUCCGCGAACGUUAAGAACGCUAACACGGCAAAAGAUUCAGUUUCUAAAAAGCCUCGGCUUAAGAGUUGGUGGAAAAUAACGUGUAUAUUCUUCUGCUGUCAAAAUGGAAGAAAUUCUCAUUAUGAGAUUCAUGCUCAUCAACCUUACAACGUUUCAUCUUACAAUAAUAGUGAUGAAAUUCGUAUCUCGGUGCAACAUCAAGACUUGUGUCUUUUGCCGUCAGCUAGUUCGCUUUAUGUAUGUGGUAGGCUAACCAAAGCUGAUGGUACUCUCGUGAAAAAUACAAAGUUCGUAAACAACGCCGUCUGCCAUAUGUUUGAAGAAAUACGAUAUGUAAUACGGGUAUCGAUUAAUCCUAGUCGAAGUCUAAUCAUCCAUAAUGCUGGCUGGCUCGACGUUGAGGAGAAAGAGAAUUUGAUAAAUAGUGAAGGAUACUUUGAUAUAUCUAUACCUCUAAGUAUGUUUAUAUGCUUUACUGAAGACUAUUGCAAGGUAGUCGUUAACGUGAAGCAUGAAAUCAUUCUCAUUACAUCGAGAAAUGAUCUGAAUUCCGUAAUACAGACACCUACGAAGGUCGCAACUGCAACUACUGCAGCAGAGUACGAGGAUUUCAAGAUUGAGUUGAUGAAAAUUGAGUGGCUCAUGCCAUAUGUAGUAUUAUCUAAUCAGCAUAAAAUUCGGAUGCUUAGUCAUAUUCAGAAGGGUAAAUCGAUCGACAUGAGUUUUCGUAGUUGGGAGCUGUAUGAAUAUCCACUGCUUCCCAGACAUGUUUGGACAGGCAAAACAUCUAAUCAGUUAGAAAAGCCACGCUUCGCGAUCCUCGGCUUCCAAACAAAUAGGAAGGAAGUGAAAGAAAUUAAUGCUAGUCGUUUCGAUCACUGCAAUAUCAGUAAUGUUAAACUCUUCUUAAAUUCACAAUACUAUCCUUAUGGAAAACUAAAUUUAGAUAUUCAACGCAAUCAGUAUGUUAUGUUCUGCGAUAUGUAUGCCAACUUUCAACAUGCAUACUAUGACAAGAGUAUUGAGCCUAUGCUUAAAAAGUAG